AUGGCACAACUGACCCUGAUGAUGCUGAUGAUCUUUGUACUAAACCAAGGUCUAGCCUGGAGUCUGACUACCCAGGAACCCCUUACUUCCUUUCCUGCAGUUUCUCGACAGCCCUUAUCCACUGAAGAAGAUUAUCUUGUGGGAAGCAGAGCCCAGGAACCUCAUGGCCAAAGGGCAACAAGGAAACCAGCCCCUGCAGUCUCCAGCUGCUGCCGAGGAGCCAGGCUCACUCUCUCCCUGGAUGUCCCCACAGGUCUCCUACAGAUCUUGUUAGAGCAAGCCAGAGCUGAAGCUCGCAGGACCCAAGCAGCUCUCAAUGCUCAAAUUCUGGCACAAGUUGGCUGA